AUGACCACGGAGUGGCUCAAACUCAAGGCAGCCGAGGCCGGCGCCAGCCUCCUACAGUCCAAAGCACCGCUCGAGCAGGUCCACCUGCACCUGUGCGCGCUCCACUUCUACUCGGGGGACGUCAAGCGUCAGGUGGAGGCCCACCACUACUGCUCCUGCAUCAACGACGAGGUCCACCAGUGCCUCAUCUUCGACUCGAACGAGGAGAACGCGCGGCUGAUCGGCGUGGAGUACGUCGUGUCCGAGCGUCUGUUCAAGACCCUCCCCGAGGACGAGAAGAAGCUGUGGCACAGCCACCACUAUGAGGUCAAGUCGGGGAUGUUGGUGCUCCCGGGCGUACCAUCGGUAGCGGAGCACAAGUUCAUGGAGGGGUUCAUCAAGACCUACGGCAAGGUGUUCCACUUCUGGCAGGUCGACCGCGGCGACCCGCUGCCCAUGGGUCCGCCACGUCUCAUGAUGGCCCUCACCGCCGACGACCAACUGGACAAGGGCCUGCUGGACCGAGUGCACGGCAAGCUGGGCAUCGACACGGAGGCCUGCCGCAAGGGACGCGAGGACAUCCCCGUGCCCGAGGUCGAUCCUGGCGCCAACUCGUGGGAAAAGGGACCAGCCUACCAGUUCGAGCUGAAGGAGGCGGCCACCACCACCAUGCCGACCGCUCUGCCGGGGGCUGGUGUUUAUGGGUCCAGCGCGUCUCUCUAG